AGAGUAUUUAUGAUCUACACGACUUGCGUGUGUGAUGUCAACAAUUUUAAGGUUAACUUCUGAAAACCUUAUCGUCCACGAAUUUUUAACUUACAUUAAUUUAUUGCAGAAAUUCUAACAUUGUGAGAUAAAAUGAGUUAUUCAAAAUUUGACUUAACUUUUAAGAUAGGUCAAUAUCUAGACCGCCACCUCGUGUUUCCUUUGUUGGAGUUUUUAGCAGCAAAAGAGACAUAUGACCAAUCAGAACUACUGCAAGCAAAACUGGAAAUUUUAAGCAAAACUAAUAUGAUUGAUUAUGUUAUUGAUAUACGUGGCAUGCUAUAUCCUGAAGAAGAUACACCUGAGGACAUCAAAUCACGCAGAGGAGUAGUUCUAUCCCAGCUUCAAGUGCUACAGGAUGCAGUUGAGCCAGUGCUAAGGCUUAUGCAAAGAGAUGAUGUCAUGAAAACUGUUGAAACUAUGAGAGAUCCCAAAACUCUCAUUAACUACUUGACAACAAAUAAGGAAUUUGAGUUCAAGAUUGAAAUGAUAGACAGUAUGUAUUGUCUAGCAAAGUACAGAUAUGAGUGUGGUAACUAUGUUGAGUCUGCAUCAUAUUUAUAUUUCUGCCAAUUAGUGAUGUCACCGACAGAUAAGAAUUACUUGUCUGUGCUUUGGGGUAAGUUGGCCAGUGAGAUCUUAGUACAAAACUGGGACGGUGCUCUUGACGACUUAACGAAAUUGAGGGAGUUCAUCGACAAUGGUGCAGCGGGAGCUACAGUGAAUAAUAUGCAAGCUCUGCAGCAACGUACAUGGCUGGUCCAUUGGUCGCUGUUUGUGUUCUUCAAUCACGUUAAGGGGCGUGAUCUCAUUAUUGAAAUGUUCCUGUACAAACCACUGUACCUAAAUGCAAUUCAAACGAUGUGCCCCCAUAUCCUACGCUACCUAGCUACAGCUGUUAUUAUUAACAGAUCAAGGAGGAAUGCUCUUAAAGAUCUCGUGAAAGUGAUUCAGCAAGAAGCUUACACCUACAGAGAUCCUAUCACAGAGUUUAUAGAGCAUCUAUAUGUGAACUUUGAUUUUGAGGCAGCACGAAGAAAAUUAAAUCAAUGCCAAGCUGUACUUUUGACUGAUUUCUUCCUCAUCGCCUGUUUAGAGGAAUUUGUUGAAAAUGCACGUCUCAUGAUCUUCGAAACAUUUUGCCGGAUACAUCAGGUCAUCAGUAUUGGAAUGUUGGCUGAAAACUUGAAUAUGCAACCAGAAGAGGCGGAAUGCUGGAUAGUAAACUUGAUCCGUAAUGCUCGGCUGGAUGCUAAGAUCGACUCGAAAUUAGGUCACGUGGUGAUGGGAGCGCAGCCCCUCUCCCCCUAUCAACAGUUGGUCGAGAGGAUCGAUUCCCUUGCCGUACGGUCCGAGGCUCUUACGUCAUUAGUGGAACGUAAACACAAAGCACGGAAUCAAGAUAUCCGUUGGGGAACACAAGAAUUCUGAGUAAAAUUAAUAACAUAUAAUUUUAAACUUACCCAAACCCAACCUUAAUAAUAACGUUUUCGUAUAAUUUAAUGAAGACAGUAACAUUAAACUUUGUAUUACA